GAGAGAGAGCGAGAGAGAGACAGACACGGGGGGAGAGAGAAAGUGUGAGCGAUGAGACCAGACUAGACCAGACGAAACUGGUCUCCUGCUACGGUUUCCUUGCUGAGCGAGUCGCCGUCGUCGUCAUCGUCGUCGUUGCAGCAGCAGCAGCAGCGCCAGUUUCGCAGACUAGUGGAGGUGAUGUCGUCCAGCCCAGAAGGAGUGUGAUCCCAGCCCUCGCACCACAAGCCCGUUGCUAUGCAUUUCCAUUCUCUUCUUCUAUGCUUAUCGUCGUUAAUCGCACCAUCCCCAUCCCCAAUCCCCAAUCCUCAAUCCCUAUCGUGUGUGUCCUUUUCUACCUGCAACGACGCUAAUAGGGGUAUAUGUCAGGUCGGGCCUGCACAGCCUGCUUGGGGAGAGCUGCUACCUUUCUUUUCUUCCUAGCACUCCAUUUAACUAGUGCCACUCGCUGUGAUAGCUCGGGAGUUUCUUGCUCAUCAGGAUUCGACCCUAAGGAUUUUGGGUUCAUCGCUAGUGGGUUCCUGCAGUAUUAAGGACUGGCGGUAGAGUGCGGAAAAAUCAACCAGAUCUUGUUACCAUUUUUUCAGUAGCGCAGCUGGGUUUUGCAGGAGAGGUUGUCAUCAUAUAUGAGCGAUGUGUCCUAAUGAGAACUUCGAUCUAGACUUGCACUGGGCUUCGUCAUCUGUGGGACCAUCUUGUGAUAAUUAAAGGCUUCGGCGACCCAUGCAGCUGGCGGAAGAGGCUCGUCCGUUUCCAAGAGUCUUACCCUCAUAGCGGUGCCUCAAACUGCUUGAACUCGUUCCUCAUGCUGUAAUUCAGGUAGCUGAUCCUUCGAGCGCUUCCUUCUCAGCGCGCGGAAAGCACUGAUAGCCAACCUGCAGGACCGUCCGUUGACAUUAGCAGAAAGCCGGGGUCGCUAUCAGCGUGUGAUCCUUCGUGUAGAUGCUCAAUCGCUAGAAAGUCGUCAAGGUAUCGUCACUGACGACGCGUAUGGGUCCUGCGGGUUUGGAUAGGCGAGAACCACCGGGCAUGGAGAGUUGUAGAUGCACUGGGGUUGCUCUUAUGGUACCUUCUACCUGAAACCAACCCCUUUGGUCGCUUCAUUUCGAGCGCAUGAGUGGAAACACAAAAGUACGACAGGACUCCGUUGAGUAGUGCAAAUGACUGUCUACGUUCUUACCGGUCGAAGGUUAUUCUUUGUCAUCAGUUAGGAGCUCAACACACCGACGGGGGUCCAGGCAGUUGCAUUUCGGUGAGGAGAUGUUUGUCGAGAAGAGAACGCAAGGGACAAUGAUGGAGAUACAGUGACAACUGUUGUCAGAAGUCAUCAUCAAACCUCAGUGAGUACCGUUAUGAUCCAGAAAAUGAUGCUGGGAUCUGAGGCCACGGGCUGCGGCUGUUAGGCGUUCAUAGGAGCUUCCAGUACAUGGUUUCAAACCGUAAAGAUAGAUUCUAGUGUAAACAAGACGAGAAGCAGCAUCAUCAUCGCUACUUCUGUGCACGAAUACCGAUUCGUUCAGAAUUUGCGGAUAUCUCUCGUGUCUGCGACGCUGAAGGCUGUAGGCAUUGCUAUUGAUCUUUGCGUAAACCCAAGAAGAGGGGUGUGAGGGGCAAUUAUAGGAGGAGUCGCGCUCUCUACUUGCUCAUUCUUGGCUCAAACACGUGUGAAGAUCCAGAAGGAAGGGUUCGUAGGUUAGCUCAUGGAAACCGAUACAACGUUAAGGAAAUGAUGCACGUGAAGGAUCUGGUCAGCAUGGGAAUUGGUUUUGCUGGGUUUUGACGCACAUCACACCAUGUAGUGAAAGCCAGCUUGGCUUCCACGAACACAAAUUUCACCACAGGCUCACCGUUGCCCGUAGUGCUCCUCAAACUUUAACCAACUUGCUGAAACAGCUGCGGGGACAACGACGAUAUCCUCAUUAAUCAAGCAUUCGCAUUUCCAACCCUUAACUCCGUGAACUUGCAGGAUACAAACUAGCAUAAACCGAAUGCAAGAUACUCAUAGAUUGCGACCGGAGGAGUGGGGAGGGGGAGGGGGACUUGACGUGCAAUUUUUGCAGUUGUAACCUGACGGUGUCCCUGACAGUUUCAGAGUGAAGGGAUAUUUAUGAAGUCUAUGAACCACUGGCUCAGGUUUUCUCCUCAAUUCCCUCCUUUGGCCCUUGACACAGUGAAGCAGCAAGCUGACCCCAUCAGCUACCAGCCUCGCAGUACCAACAGUCUCAUACUAUCAAGUAUGUCGCAAAACCAUAGUAAUAACAUAGGCGGCUUUCAAAACUCGGCGAAUAGUUGUUACAAUCCUCUUCGUAGCGGCGGCGAUGGCGACAACUCAAAUUCUGCUCAAGGGCUGGAGAUGAUGCGGUCCGAUGGAUCCCUUUGCAUCAUGGAGGCCCUCACUAGGUCGCACAGUGCAGCAGAGCAUUGGCCGCAGCAGCGCGGCAUGCAGUCGGAUGGCGGAAUCCAGCAGCAUACCCUUUUGACGGCCGAUCAGCUGUCGAGGCUGACGCGCAACGGAGGCGCCGGUGAUCAGCAGUUGACGGGUUCCCACAGCCACUACGAGCUGCAGAGCAGCGGUACGGAGACGCGCGACGGGCCGAAGCUGGAGGACUUUCUGGGCGGCGCGUCGUUGGGUGGACAAUACUCGGACCGGGAGGCGCAGCAACAGCAGUUGGACUCGCUGUACUACAACGCCGGAAACCCGGGUGCAAGUUACGGGCGCGACGGGCAGUCGCGCAUCAACGUGAACUUGCCAUACUCAUCUCAGACGGGCGGAGGGUCUCUGCACGACGUGCCCUCGUCGUAUCACGUGGCGUACGGUAGGGUUCAGGAUCAAUCCAGCCUGACGAACCCGCAAGGGUACGAGCACCAGCAGUCCCGAGUGCAGCACGAGCUGCAGGAGAGCAAUUUGCUGGCAGGCAGCCGGUUGCACCCGCAGAACCUCCUGCAAGCGGCACUGGACCAAUCCGCGACUGCGGAGCUGUUGUCGGAUUGCGCGCUGCAGCUGCCGUCGGGAGGUUCACCGAAUCCGGGGAGCGAGGACUAUGGAUUGAAGACGUGGCUGCGGCAUCAGGCGGCCGCGGAGAAGAGGGUGCUGAACGGCUUGAGUGGGCUGCAACCUCUGACGCUGUCCAUGAGCGCCGGGUCCCAUCAGAGCAACGGGUCCGCUGCGGUGCACGGCGGCGGACAGCUACCGAUCGCGGAGAGUCCGACGGGGCCUGAGCCGCGAAAGCGCGGCGCCGGGCGAGCUGGGAGCAAGGAGCCAUCCCCGCGCAAGUCCAUCGACACGUUUGGGCAGAGAACAUCCGUGUACAGGGGCGUGACUAGGCAUCGGUGGACUGGACGGUACGAGGCUCAUCUGUGGGACAACAGUUGUAGAAAGGAGGGGCAGACUCGGAAGGGACGGCAAGUGUACUUGGGAGGCUACGACAAAGAGGAGAAAGCGGCGAGGGCGUACGACUUGGCGGCACUGAAAUACUGGGGUCCCAACACGACCAUCAACUUCCCGUUGAGUACGUAUGAGGCGGAGCUGGAGGAGAUGAAGAACAUGUCUCGGCAGGAGUAUGUGGCGUCGUUGAGAAGGAAAAGCAGCGGGUUUUCUCGAGGGGCAUCGAUGUACCGAGGGGUGACGAGGCACCAUCAGCACGGGAGGUGGCAGGCACGGAUUGGGCGCGUGGCCGGGAACAAGGACCUGUACCUGGGCACUUACAGCACGCAGGAGGAAGCAGCAGAGGCAUACGACCUGGCGGCGAUAAAAUUCCGUGGAAUCAACGCCGUGACAAACUUCGACAUCUCUCGGUACGACGCCGGUCGGAUCCAGCAGGCAGGUGCGAGUGGGCAUCAUGGAGCGGAGGCCAUGAAGGCGGCGAAGGAAGCGGAGGUGGCGGCGAUGCAGUCCCGAGUUGGUGCGACGGCAAGUCAAAUGCACAGCCACAGCCAGAGUCAGGUGAACGAAGAGCAGCAGACGUCUACCCAUUCGACGGGCGGGCCGGGGAGCCAGCUGACGUCGGAGGUGUUGUCGGGUCAAGGGGGGCUGUCGAAAAACCUGAUGGAGUGGCAGAUGCUGUAUCAGCAGCAGGCUCGAAACAGCUGGGAAUCGAGCUCGCGGGAGGAGAGCCAGCGGGCACGGUUGGGAUUCGGAGUGGAUUCGAUGCGGGCCCCGAGCACGCAAUCGAAGUUCCCGCCGCCGACGAACGGGAUGCUGCUGCGGAACCUGAUGGGAUUGGAGGCACUGCCACAGGAUCAGAACAGAAGGGGCGGCGAGAGUUCGUGCUCCGGGAACGGGGGACUACUGGGGCAGGGAAUGCCGAGCUCCGGGAGCAUGAUGAGCACGUCAGGGUUCGAGGGCGGGGGAUCGAGCGCAUACCAGAGCGGCGACGGGAGGGCGUUGAACUCGCCACCGAUGAGCAACUCGGCGUACCAGCAGCAGGGGCAGCAGGGGGGGCAGGGGGGGCAAGGGAGCGUGGACAGGGGGGCUGUGGUGGACAGUCCGAAGAAUUCGGUGGGCGAGAGCGAGGAGGCGAGCUCGAAAAGCUCGGCGUACGAUCCGGUGUUGCAGGGGGAGCUAUCCCGGAGCGGAAUUUUGUACAUGUCGCCAGGGUCGGGGUCGCAAGGGAAGAUGGGAAGCUAUGUGGAGAGCAACCCGAUGUCGCCGUGGAUCAGCAGCAAUGCGGCGACAGUGCAGGGACUGGCGGGUCGGUCGAACUUGAGCAUGGGUGGGCACAUGGGGUCGGGUCCCAUUUUUGCGCACUCGUGGAACGAAUGAGAAUGAGGUAGAGAGUAGGAAUGGGCGGUAGUUAGGGUAGGAAGACAGAUCAGAUCGGUAAUGGUGUAAAGGCAAUCAGGUUGAGCACUCGGGCCGUCGAAUAGUUGCGGGGGAGAUGAUCGACGUGCGUCGUUUGGAGUGCGGUUCAGCGUGUGAACAAGGUUUUUGGCUCUCUACCCUGAGUGAAAGAAAAGGGGAGGGAAGUGGGUCCGAUAUUUAGCACAGUUCUACAGAUGGUAAGUGUUGAUACAGAGAUAUACGGUACGAGGCCCCCAGACAUUGACAUUGGCGGCAUGUAAAAUUGAUCGAUGGCGAUGAUGAUUUUCCGCCCGUUGUGCGCGGGAACAAUUCAUUUCAUGGGCGCAGUUAGGUGGAGGGGAAUUGAUGUUCAUAGUACAAUAAUGAUGGCAACGGUUUUGGUGAGA